UAUUUUGUGUUAGGUCAAUGUGAUCUCAAUAAUUUCAUAUGACAAACUAUUUACAAAAAGCUAAAAUCUUCAAAAUAUCUGACAUUAACACACAUAUUACCUGCUCUUUGUGUAAAGGUUAUUUAAUUGAUGCCACAACAAUAAUUGAGUGUUUACAUUCAUUUUGCAGGAGUUGCUUACUUCUGUACUUAAAUUCUCAUAGAACUUGUCCUAUAUGUGAUUGUUUAAUACAUAAAACAAAACCAAUAUUAAAUAUAAGAAGUGAUUCAUCAUUGCAGGAUUUAGUAUUUAAACUUAUACCAGGUUUAUAUCAAGAUGAAGUUCAUAAGAGGAAAGAGUUUUUCUUAAAAAAUAAGAAAAAGAUCAAAAAUAAAAAUUCCUUAUUUAAUAAAUUGUUCAUUAACAAUGGUACAGAGGAUUAUUAUAAUAUUGACAUGUAUGCAGCUGAAGAUAACAUUAAUAUUGCUUUGAAAUAUUACAUAAAAAAUCCUGAAGAUCCAGAAGAUUUCAACUCAAUUGAAAAAGCUUUGUGUAAUUACAAGAGAUUUUUGCAAUGUCCAGUUAAAAUGACAAUAUUAACCCUCAAAAUGUUUAUUCAAAAGAAGUUUUUUAUACCUUGUAUACAACAAGUUGAAAUAUAUCUCAUAAAUCAAUAUCUGAGUGAUAGUUUAUCCUUAUUGGACAUUUUAUGCUUACAUUCACUCAAAAGGACUGACCCAUUGGAAGUGUGCUUUUACAUUCACGACAUAUAUAUUGAACCAAAAGAAAUGGAUGAAACUAAUGAUAAAGAGAAAAGUGAAGAACUUACAAAGAAAGAUGAUAGUAAUAAAGAUUUAAAUCCAAAUUUAUCUAAACUCGAUGUGAAAGAUAAUGAUGGAUCAAAUUCACAGAAAGAUGGACUAUCACAACCUAAUCAAAGCAAGAAUAGAAGAGGCAGAAGGCCUAACAAAAAUAAUGAUAAAAUUGGGGAAUCAAACAAACUUAAGCGCCAUAAACACCACCCUAGUGUUAAAAAAAUUAAAGACAGUUAUCUUCAACAGCCAGUGAAAAAAUCUCGAGAACUCACGAAUUUAGAAAUUACCAAUGGAGGACGAAAAUCAAAUAAAUUAUCUUUUAGAAGGUUACCAAAAUCAAAAGAUUCGGAUACGUCUGAAAAUAAUUCCUUAGUCUCAACUUCUAACAAAGGAAACUCAAACAACAAAAAGGGGAAAUACAAAUAUAAAAAUAAAAAAAUAUCCGGUACAAAAGUGAUCACGUGCAUUAGCAGCGAAGAUGAUGAAAGCGAAAAUAAAAAUCUCGAAAGUUUUAUAAAAGAAAAAAUGAAUGACGAUGGCAAAAAAAGCGAUAAUAUGGGUCAGAGUGAUAUUGCGUUAAUCGAAAAUAAUAUUAAUGGAGUUGAUAGUCCUAAAAUGGCCAUGGAACGUAGAAUCUCUAGAAUGGACAAAGUAUCUCGAAAUCUUAAAAAAGAUUUUGAUUGUCAAGUGGAAGAAGACGAGGCGGAAGAAGAGGAAUGGAGAAAAGAUUUGAUGGAGAAAGUUGACGAGGCUUGCACCAAAGUGAUCAACUCUCAAAACAGCAUCAUUAGCAAUGAUUUUAAAAAAAGCGCCAUUAAUAAUGGGGAUUUAAACAUAGACAGGGGACACGAUCACAAUAAUAGCCGACCAUUAUUAAUCGAUAAACAAAAGACGAUUCACAAUGGCGGCGACUAUCAUAUUGGAGGGCCUUGCGAAAAUGGUUUGCAUUCGAAAAAUAAUAACGAAGAAUUGCUCACUCCACCAUGUCAAAAUAAUGGAUUUUUGGAUCUUAUCAAUCAUAAUAAUAGCAAUGGGGACCUAAAAAGUGAUAAUUUAAGAAAAUUGAAAAAAAACUUUUCCCCAAAUGGUUCUAACGAAGAUAACAGUAAAUUUCGAGAAAUGGCAGAGACCUUAUUAAAAUUAAGUGUGACACGUGAUAAAACCAAUGUGAACCCAUCUUGAUAAAAUAUCGUUUUACAAAUUUAUAUGAUCUUAUUUUUUUUAAACAUAUUUAUAUAAAAUUAUUUAUAAAUAAUCAUUUAGAGAAAAUUAAUUAAUAUAUUAUUUAUAAAAUAUAUAUAUUUUUUUUAUCAUCCCCUUUUUUUGCUCAAAUUUAAGCCAUAUUUUUAUAUAG